UCUUAUUAGUCUGUGGUCAAAGUCAAUCCGGUACAUGUGUAAUUACCAUAUUAUAACCUGUAUCAAAUAAUAUUUAUUUCGGUUUUCGCCUUUCGUCGUUAAUUCAUUUAGCUAAUUGAUAUAUUUUUAACUCAUGUAUACUUCUUGCCAACAGUACACGUACAUCGGGUAUCGAGAGGAUUUGUAAUUAAACAACUAGUGUGUUAAUGAGUAGAAGCAGUGUUUCAGUUAAAUAAGUUUUUUUACAUAGACAUUUGGUUUAAACGAAAUGUAAUAUGCAAGAAGUAGCAGUCUUCGUUUGUAGUUUUUGCAAAGACACGUUCGAUUGUAAAGAUGAUAUCACGUGCCAUAUACUAAACACUCACAAUAGUAAUAAAACUGUAAAAAGGUUACGAGAGCAGCUAACAAAACUAAACACAAAGUCGUCCAAGCUAAAACCUAGUAAACCAUGUCAAAAACAAGAGAAACCUGGCUCUAGUCAACAACCUAAGGUGAAGAACCUUGAAAAAGAAUUUUACUGUGAUAUUUGCUACUAUAAAACUGUUCAUCGGUCUACAUACAAGAGGCAUUUGCUAAAACAUGAAAAAGAUGGAAGACAACACAAGUGCACAUAUUGUUCCUACUCAGCAGUACAGCCACAUAAUCUAAAAGUUCAUCUGAAAACUGUACAUCCAUUUGGUGCUGUGGAGCCUGUUAUUAUUGAUCAAAGUAAAGUUGAUACUUCAUGGAUAUACACAUAAAGACAACAUCUUUUAAAUAAAACUAACAAGCAAUAAA